AACAUGCCUGAACCCGCCAAGUCCGCGCCCAAGAAGGGCUCCAAGAAAGCCGUGACCAAGACCGCCGGGAAAGGCGGCAAGAAGAGGAGAAAGAGCAGGAAGGAGAGCUACGCCAUCUACGUGUACAAGGUGCUGAAGCAGGUCCACCCCGACACCGGCAUCUCCUCCAAGGCCAUGGGCAUCAUGAACUCGUUCGUCAACGACAUCUUUGAGCGCAUCGGCUCCGAAGCGUCUCGUCUGGCUCACUACAACAAACGCUCCACCAUCACCUCCAGGGAGAUCCAGACCGCCGUGCGCCUCCUGCUGCCCGGGGAGCUGGCCAAGCACGCCGUGUCCGAGGGAACCAAGGCCGUCACCAAGUACACCAGCUCCAAGUAGACCAACACCCAAUACAAACCAACGGCUCUUUUAAGAGCCACACACCCAAUCUGGA